GAGGUUUAAUCUUCUCUCACUUCCGCUUUAAAGCUGAAACAGUGGGGAUGUAAUGGGCGGAGUCUGGUAUGGCGCUCAGACCAAUAAACACUCACAGCAGCGCUGCUGACUCCGCCCCCUGCUCCUGCAGUGAGGAGCGCGAGGACCCUCGGCUCGGCUCGUUUCCUCUGUGCGCGCGCGUUCCGCUGCGUCCGGUCUGCGUCGUGACGUCAUCCUCCUCUGGUUUUAAAGAGGAUUUUGGAUUUCGGGAGGAAACUGACCGGCCAGAGCUCUGAUGGAGACUGCAGCUCUGACUGCACCACCAUCUUCACCAUCAGGGGAACACGCGCGCAGUGCGACUGUAAAUCACCGCCUGCUGACUCACGGGACACUGCAGUAGAUUCUCUCUCUCUGUGUCUCUGUCUCUCUGUCUCUCUCUGUCUCUCUCUCUGUCUGUCUCUGGCUCUCUCUGUCUCUCUCUCUCUUUCUGUCUGUGUCUCUGUCUGUCUCUCUCCCUGUCUCUCUCUCUGUCUCUGUCUCUCUCUCUCUCUGUCUGUCUCUCUCUCUCUGGCUCUCUGUCAGUCCUCACAUCAGCUUGUUGUUGGACUUCCAUCCAGCAGUUUGUGUAUGACGCUCCUGCCCUCGUCUCUCCUCCAUUGUUGUUGUUCUGUUUGUUUUUUAAGGAGUGAUGUGAUGACAUGAUGAUGUGAUGACAUGAUGUCCAUCGUCCGGAGGUGGAUCCAGAUGUUCAUCAUCACCCGAGGCCUCUGAAGUGCCUGUCCUGUCGAUAGAGGACCAAUGAGUAAGAUAGACGUCUCCGCCUGUAGCUACCUCCAAACUCACGCCUAGCUUUAGAGGAUUAAAACGCUGAGAAACAAUCCCUCCAUCCUGCACACGUUCAACAUCUUCAGAAAGGACUGCACUCCUCUCUCUCUCUCGCUCGCUCAUUCGCUCUCUGCACUGAAGAAUGGCCAGUGAACCUGUCAUCCUCAACGUCUACGACAUGUACUGGAUUAAUGAAUACACAUCCACUCUGGGGAUCGGAGUCUUCCACUCAGGAAUACAGCUGUAUGGCAGAGAAUUUGCAUAUGGAGGUCAUCCAUAUCCUUUCAGUGGAGUGUUUGAGAUCAACCCAGGAAACGCCACUGAGCUCGGAGAGACUUUUAAAUUCAAAGAGGCAAUUGCUUUGGGUACGACAGACUUCACAGAGGAAGAUGUUGAUAAGAUCAUGGAGGAAAUGGGAAAAGAGUUUAAAGGAAACGCGUAUCACCUGAUGCACAAAAACUGCAACCACUUCUCUUCUGCCCUGUCUGAGUUGCUGUGUGGGUGUGAGAUCCCACGCUGGGUGAACCGCUUGGCAUAUUUCAGCUCAUGUGUGCCGUUCCUGCAGAGCUGUUUACCUCGAGAGUGGCUCACACCGGCUGCCCUGCAGAGCCACAUCAGCAUGCACAGAGAAGACUCACACUCAUACACACACCCAUACACACACUCCCACUCUCACACACGCGAUUCCAGCUCCAGCGACGAGGAGCCGUCAGGGGCUGUGGGAGGAAGAUCACACAACUGCAGACACACUCGAGUGUGAGAGCGCUCUCUCUCUCUCUCUCUCUCUCUCUCUCUCUCUCUCUCUCUCACGCACCCACACCAACCAUCCUCAUGAAACAUUGAACUGUUGUUGUGAUUUGUUUUUGUUUUUUAACAACCAGUCAGCAGCAGACAAGUGGCUGAUGGUUCAUACUGACCAAUCACAGGCCUCGGUUUUGCCCCUCCCCCUCUAUGGUACUGUAAACUCGGGACUCUUCUCAGAUUUUUUAACUUUUAAUGAGGAAAUAUUUUUUUCCAAG